AUGUCUCUAACAUAUUUGAAACUUCGUUUAAAAUUACCAUCAAAUAAUAUGUUAGUAUUUAUACGAACUUAUCGUCAAGCACAAAGAUCAACUGGACCUAAAUCUCAAGAAGGAGAAUUUCGAACAUUACAAUUAACACCAGCAAAAAAUAAUCGAUCUGGUCCAAUGAAAAAACGUCCAAAACCUGUAUACAAAGAGGUUUUACCACCACGAUAUUUACGUAUGUCAACUGAUCAAGAUUGGACAAAUGUUUGGCCAACAGCUACAACAUUUAAACAAAGUGUUGUUCCAUUACCUAUAACUCAAGGUUAUGUUGCGUCCGAUAAAGAAAAUAAAGGUUUACCAAUUGAAAAACGUGCUAAUGCUGAACUUAUGAAAAUUCCAAAUUUUUUUCAUCUAACACCAAAUCAUAUAAAGAAACAUUGUGCUGCAAUUAAACAAUAUUGUACACCAUGGCCAGAAGAAUUUAAUUCAGAUGAAGCAUGUGAAUAUUAUUUACCUAUACAAAUAACUACACAUGAUUAUCUGAAUUCAACACCAUCAAUACGAGAUACUCGAGCUCGUGUUGUAAAAUUUAAUUUUAAAUUGACUCAACUUGAAUUUGAUGAACAUGCUCGUGAUAAAUUUGUUCGUUUAGCUGGACCAAGAUACAAUACAGAUACAGAUGAACUUACUUUAGUUGCUGAUAAAUGUCCAUAUCGUAAACAAAAUUAUGAUUAUGCUCAAUAUUUAUUAACAGCAUUGUAUUUUGAAUCUUGGAAAACAGAGACUUGGGAACAAGAACGAACAAAGAAUGAUUGGCAACGAUAUUAUUGGGAUGAAAGUCCUUCACGUGAUCGAUUACUUGAUAUACUCAAAGCUCAUGAGAAAGAUCCAUCUUCUGUGAAUUCGAAAUCAUUACUUGAUCGAAAUAAAAAACUCGUUGAAAGAUAUCGUAAAAGUAUAAGUCGUGUUCAAGAUGAAGGUGUUGAAAAUGAAUUAAAAAAUUUAAAAGAUUAUAAAAAUGAUGUACUCAUGUUAUACAAUCUAAAAUUAUAA